UGAGUUCCGAGUGCCUGCUGACGUUGGAGCUUCCGGACCCUGGGAAGCGGUCCUGGCGUGUUCCGGGUUGGAGGCUGGAUUCCCGGAACUGCUCUGUCCAGACCAUGGACCCUGAAGUGUCCCUGAUGUUGCUGUGCCCUCCUGGGGGACUGCCCCAGGAACAAGUAGGGGUGGAUUUGAGCCCAGCCCACGACCGUCGCCCACUGCCAGGAGGGGACAAGACCAUCACCGCCAUCUGGGAGACUCGGCUACAGGCCCAACCCUGGCUCUUUGAUGCUCCCAAGUUCCGCCUGCACUCAGCUACGCUGGCACCCAUUGACUCGCCUAGGCCACAGCUGCUCCUGCACCUGGGUCUUACUUCCUACAGAGAAUUCCUGGGCACCAAUUGGGCCAACUCAGCCUCCUGGCUGCGAGAGCAGGGAGCCACGGACUGGGGUGACAAGCAAGCCUACCUGGCCGACCCAUUGGGGGUGGGCGCUGCUCUAGUCACAGCUGAUGACUUCCUGGUCCUUCUGCGCCGCUCUUGGCAGGUGGCUGAAGCCCCUGGGCUGGUGGAUGUGCCUGGUGGGCACCCUGAGCCUCAGGCCCUGUGCCCUGGCAACAGCCCCCAGCACAAGGACCUCCCCGGGGAACUAGUGGCGCGUGAGCUCUUCUCCAGCGUCUUGCAGGAGAUCUGUGAUGAGGUGAACCUGCCGCUGCCCACCCUGAGCCAGCCCCUGCUAUUGGGCAUCGCCCGCAAUGAGACCAGUGCUGGCAGGGCCAGUGCUGAGUUCUACAUCCGGUGCAGUCUGACUUCUGAAGAGGUAAGGAACUACUACCUGAGUGGGGGACCUGAGGCCCAUGAGUCUACAGGAAUCUUGUUUGUGGAGACACAGAAGGUACAGAGAUUGCAGGAGACCGAGAUGUGGACGGAGCUCUGCCCCUCGGCCAAAGGUGCCAUCCUGCUCUACAACCAUGUCCAGGGAAAUCCUAUCUGAGUCGCCCUAGGACCCCAGCUCUAUUACCACAACUCGGAAGACAAUAAAGGACUUCUUUCUUGGAUUCCAUUGUCAUCUGCUGUUUCCAUUAGAGGGGCCGCUGGG